UUAUCCACCAAACCCUACACUCAACUAUUUCUCCACCUUUAACACUCCAAAUUCAGUAGAUAAGGCCAAAUUCUUGUGCAGCUACCCUAUCUUUAUCAGAUACCCUUUUCUCUACUGUCCAUUCACUACUCAUAGAGCCUAUUUUCGUUCUUUCCAAUGGCUUGCUCUGCUUCUUCUUCAACUGCUCUGCUUUCUUCUACUUCUAGAGCUUCCAUUUCCCCCAAAUCACACAUUUCUCAAUCAAUUUCUGUUCCUUCUGCUUUUAAUGGACUUCGCAAUUGUAAGCCCUUUGUUUCUCGUGUAGCUCGUUCAAUCUCUACUCGUGUUGCUCAAUCAGAACGCCGUCGCUUUGCUGUCUGUGCCUCUAGUGAACUCCCACUUGUUGGAAAUCAAGCACCAGACUUUGAGGCUGAAGCUGUUUUUGAUCAAGAAUUCAUCAAGGUUAAAUUGUCCGAGUACAUCGGGAAGAAAUACGUGAUUCUCUUUUUCUACCCGCUAGACUUCACAUUUGUUUGCCCUACAGAGAUCACUGCUUUCAGUGACCGUUAUGAAGAAUUUGAAAAGGUGAACACAGAAAUAUUGGGUGUUUCUGUAGACAGUGUGUUCUCCCACCUUGCAUGGGUCCAAACUGAGAGAAAGUCUGGUGGUCUAGGUGAUCUGAAUUAUCCAUUAAUUUCUGACGUAACCAAGUCAAUUUCAAAAUCAUACAAUGUACUGAUCCCUGAUCAGGGGAUUGCAUUGAGAGGACUUUUCAUCAUUGACAAGGAAGGAGUUAUUCAACAUUCAACCAUUAACAAUCUUGGAAUUGGUAGAAGUGUCGAUGAAACAUUGAGAACUCUUCAGGCGUUGCAAUACGUUCAGGAGAACCCAGACGAGGUGUGCCCAGCCGGAUGGAAGCCCGGGGAGAAAUCCAUGAAGCCUGACCCCAAGGGCAGCAAAGAGUACUUUGCAUCCAUAUAAGGAGAUGAAUUAGAUUGCUUUUUAUCUAAUUUGUUGUUUACAGAAGCUGGAGAGAAUACUUUUCUGCAACGUUUUUUCUAAGGUACUGGUUGAGUUUUGGCAUUUUUUUGAGAAUAAAUAUGUGCACUAAUGUAUUCUGCCUAA